UUUGUGGCUGCACAGAGACAGUGAAGGAGACAUACUCCAACCACCUCUCUCUCUCGCCCUCUCUCUCUCUCUCUCUCUCUCUCUCCUUGCACACACUUGUACACGCGCGUGCACACACAGACGGGCACAUGCAGGAUUUUCCUACCUGACCACUGAGCUCCACGCCAGCCACCCACCCUGGGCAAACAGGACUGGCGAAGAGGAGUACUGCAGCAACCAAACCCCUGUACCAGCUUUCGCCUCUUCACAGGUUUUCCCUCUUUUUUUUUUUCUUCCUCAAGCCAAUUAAAUCAUGAACCUGCGUUUUUCUUGUUGCUAAGGGAAGUAAAAUAAAGAGGAGUGGACAAGGCGUUAUUUUGUUGCUAAGGACUGUAGACUGCCGAUGGCUCAGGGGUCUCGGGACCAGGGGGCCGUGGGGACGGCCGACCCGGACGAGGAUUCUCCCAACAUGAUCGUCUACAGGAAGAUAGAAGAUACCGUUGGUAAGAUGCAGGACGAGAAGACUGGCGGAGUGCCCAUCCGGACGGUCAAGAGCUUCCUGUCCAAGAUCCCAAGUGUAGUCACAGGCACAGAAAUCGUGCAGUGGCUGAUGAAAAACCUCUCCAUCGAGGAUCCAGUUGAAGCCAUUCAUUUAGGUGGCCUCAUCGCUGCCCAAGGCUACAUCUUUCCGAUCUCUGAUCACGUCCUCACACUGAAGGAUGAUGGGACAUUUUAUCGCUUUCAGGCUCCAUACUUCUGGCCAUCAAACUGCUGGGAACCAGAAAACACAGAUUACGCCAUUUACCUGUGCAAACGGACCAUGCAGAACAAGGCCCGGUUGGAGCUGGCGGAUUAUGAGGCUGAGAACCUGGCCCGGCUACAGAGGGCAUUUGCCAGAAAGUGGGAGUUCAUUUUCAUGCAGGCAGAGGCGCAGGUCAAGAUUGACCGGAAAAAGGACAAGACGGAUCGCAAGAUCCUGGACAGUCAGGAGAGAGCAUUCUGGGAUGUCCACCGGCCUGUGCCGGGCUGUGUGAACACCACAGAGAUGGACAUCCGCAAGUGCCGGCGUGAAAAGAACCCACAGAAGGUGAAGAAGUCCGUGUACGGGGUGACAGAGGAGGCACAGUCACAGAGUCCCGUCCACACGCUCUCACAGCCAGCGAGGAAGGCCACCAAAGAGGAUGUGCAGAAGGAGAUCUCAUUUUUAAACACUCAGCUGGACAGGCAUUGUAUGAAAGUAUCUAAAGUAGCUGACAGUCUGAUUAGUUUCACAGAGCAGUUCCUGGACUACGACCCGUUUGUGUCCAUACCAGAGCCUUCCAACCCCUGGAUAACUGACGACACCACCUUCUGGGAUCUGGAGACCAGCAAAGAGCCUAGCCAGCAACGGGUCAAAAGGUGGGGCUUCUCGCUGGAUGAGGCCCUCAAGGACCCCGUGGGGCGGGACCAGUUCCUCAAGUUCCUGGAGUCAGAGUUCAGCUCGGAGAACCUACGGUUUUGGCUGGCGGUGCAGGACCUAAAACGGCGCCCUCUACAGGAUGUACCCAGUAGAGCCCAGGAGAUCUGGCAGGAGUUCUUGGCAGAGGGAGCCCAAAGCUCUAUCAACCUGGACUCCCAUAGUUAUGAGAGAACCAGCCAGAACCUCAAAGACCCAGGCCGCUACAGCUUUGAGGACGCCCAGGAGCAUAUCUUCAAGCUGAUGAAGAGCGACAGCUACGCCCGAUUUCUGCGUUCCAAUGCGUAUCAGGACCUCCUGCUGGCCAGAAAGAAGCAGCAGCCUGAGAGCGAGCAGGGGCGACGCACCUCCCUGGAGAAGUUCACGCGCAGCGUGGGAAAGUCGUUGACAGGCAAGAGGCUGACAGGCCUCAUGCAGUCCUCCUGACAAGGCCUGGGACCGGCCUAGCGUGGAGGGCCCAGAGUCAUCGCUGUCAUGCAGGGAGAGGGAUGGCAGAGAGGCUGGAGUGUAAGGGCCUGCGGAGGGGUGUACUAUGACAGUGAGACAAGCCAGACUCCCCCUCAACACCUCGAACACCGUGCAACUCCUGCACUCACAAGAUAGCGAGCAAUAAGUUGUCAAUAAAACAAACAGGACACUGCUGUCUGUGUAAUUUAUGAACAAAGAAAGUGACUUGUUUUUGCAGUUAAAUCUAUAAACGUAUAUACAUGGAAAAGACUAUAGAAUUUUGCCUCACAGAUAGUUCAUACUACAAACUAAAUGAAAGACAUAAACUUUGAUUUUAUUUUAUAUUCAGAGUAGCUGGUAUAUCCUGACAUUUUAAAAAAAAAUCUGGCUGCAGACAUUAUUGGUUAUUUUAUUUGUUUUUUUUGGCGGUCAAUUCAAAUUGACAGUUGGAGAGGGAGUCUGAGGAAAAGUCUGUUUGCUUCAGAACAUUCCACAGGCAGAAUGCCAAAAGGGCUCAACAGAGAUUAUAAUGUAUAGGUGCAUGCCCCCUAAAAUGUGUCUGUACUCUGAGUAAGAUAGUAUAGAGUAAAAGGAAAGUGAUAUAAUCAUGUUAUGUGCAAUGGUACAAAGAAGACAGUGAAAAAGCAUGUCAGCAGAAGGUUUUAUCCACUGUUAAAAACAAAAAUAAAAAACCCUUCACUAUCGAACAGAAAAUCAGGCCAUAAUAUGCUACUAAUUAUGCAGGAAUGAGGCAUAUUAACUUGAGACAUCCAGCUUGUUAUGCUAGUGUUUUCAUGUUUUAAGCACAUUGAUGAUGUACAAAAAUAACAUAUCCAUGGAGACAGGUGUAUUGAUGAUGUCAGAGCUAAUGAAACUUGACAUUAUAUAAAAGUAUGUUCCACACCAAAGUGAGAUGGUAUUUCAGUGGUUGCUUGCUAUGCCAGCCAAGAUUCAUAAGGGACUGUGUCAAAUUGGUGUCAUGUCUUGAGUAUCAUUUUGUCUUUAGUGUUGACUAUUUGUCUCAGGAUAACAAAGUUAUGAUUUUGAGAUCAAGUAGCUUAUCUCAAAAAGCAGUGGAAAAAGAACCCGAGGCAUUUGAUGAAAUAUGGCAGUCUCUGUAGAACACCCCUCUAGGAAUAAUAGCAAUACAGAGGCAGGAAAUGUGCUGAACAGAAACGCACUGAACAAAGUAGUUUACUGAAGUUCAAAGUCAUUUGAGCAGCACCCACACUAGAGUGAAAAAAGUAUGUUGUCAAUGUGGAAAGUCUGUUUGUUCAUGUUGUCAUUCAGAUCCAAGUUCACACCCAGCUGUAAACCAUAUCGAAUAUGUAAAAAAAAAAACUGUUUAGCUGUGUUAAACUAUUUAUGCUUUAUGGACCAGUGGAAAAAGCAGGGCCUCAGUGGACUACUGUUUAGAAAACAGUGGAGUUACUGCAUGCUAAACUGUUAACACAAGCGGAAUGUACCGGCAGGUUCCACAUGUUUUAAACCCUAAAAGGAUGCUGAUGCUGUGUGAUCCAGAGACAAAUGUCCUGGGGCUAGAGUAUGUGUCCAUAGCCUUUUCCUGGCACAGGGUGUGCCAUGGGACUCACUGUAAGCUGCUGCACUGUAUGUUGCAUGAGAGAAAUGUUCUGAGAGUUAGGCAUUAUAUACUUUUACACAACACAACGAUGUACCAAAAUCUGUGCUGUUUGGAGAGUCGGACAUGUGUACAGCCUUUGAGUGUCCAUUUAUGGAAUGGAUAGUCCUGUAUUUGUGCAUGCUAGUCGACAAAGAACUUGCUGUUACACUAGACCUAGACUCUGGCCUAGGAAACGGAGGGCCCCCAGGGCAAGCCAGUGGAGAAGGAGUAACGUGCAAAACAGCUCGGUUCAACUUUUUUUUUUUUUUCCCAAAGAAGAUCAAGUUGUCAGCAUUGCAUUGCCCCAGCGCAUCACCUGCCGCCCAUCGAGUCAGUUCCUCUGGAUUCUAAACUGUAGACUGUGGAGCUGUAGCUGGAUGCAUGGGACAGAUAUUUCACUUUAAUCCCUGUAUUGGACUGGAACGUUCCAUCCUCAUUCCAGCUAAUUGGACCGGGACUUCAGACUCGGGUGAAGAGGAUAUAAAUAUUAGAGGGCCAAUAUAAUACCCUCAUAUCAACAAACAUACUCCCCUUCCGACAGCAUGCACCAGCUUACCCUUUACAGAAAGCCUGAAAUGACUAAGGACAGUGUCUAUGAACUACAGCUCCCUCUAGUGGACAGCUUUGGGAGGAAGGAUGUCGCCAGCAUAACCACUGCCAGAGACCCUUCUGAAUUAAACUGACUGUGACUGGGAGGGCUGCUUUGGUGGCUUUUGUUUGUAAAAUCUUUUUUAUUUUUAUGGUUAACUGCACUGUACAGAUUCAUAUUGUAAUUAUGAUUAUCAUCAGCUGCUGUAGACCUCCUGGUCAUGAGAUAGAUAUGCUUAAUUUAUUCAUACAGACUCCAGUUAAACACAAUAUUUCCAACAAAUGUACAGUAAAACUGCAUAUAGAAAGUGUGCUGUAUAAAAUCAACACAUAAAAGCACAAAUACUGGUAUGGGCACACAACUAUGCAUGUGAUAUUUCUGGGUGAUUCCUGCUUUUAGUUACUCAACCAAAAAGAUGACUAUUAGUGGGUUAAAAGACCCAAGAGCCUGAUAUCUUGUAGCCACCAAAUAAACUUUUGGACUUAUGUCUACCUGGCUCUGAA